CCACUGUGAAACCGAAGGCAGCCUUGAACGCACAGGGAUGUGCUAAGUCAGUUAACGCUAGCUAAACUACUUAAGAUUACUUUAGUUGUUUUUUCAGUGUAGGGUAAACGGGAAGCUUGCCGAGUAACUAGCUAGUAAGCUUGUGUGUAAUAACAAGAAGGUAUGUUCAUAAAGCUGGUCAACAUCAGUUGUUGUUUUGUUCUCCGCGUGGGUAAAUAGAGUAGCGGGUGUUGUUGUCGUUGUGGCCUGCUACGCGAUAGCCUAGCUAAACUAGCGGUAGCUUCAGCUGGUUCCUGGAGCUCUAUCCGCAUCACAUCCCAGAAACGACAAGGGAAAUGGCACACCUUUCCACAUAACUCAGAAAGCCAAGGGGUCGCUAUAAAGGCAAGUUGUGAUUUUGGCCAGGGAUCAGCAAGUUAUUCCUCAGCUAUGAGAGCUUCUACUCAGUGACAUCUCACAAAAAAUGGAGCUGUACUGGUACAUAGUUGUCAUCAUAUUCAUCAUCAUCAAGAUAUUCUUCUAUGUGUGCUGGUACCGAUCAAGGCAGAGGCAACUGGCAGCGUACCUGAGCAACCCACGCAAUGCUCAGAUAGUCAUUGUUGGCGGGAGGGCAUACCUUCAUCAGAUGUGUGAGAGACAGAGUCAAACGUCUGUCUGGCCUAGUUGGUAUGGUGUUCAGGACGACCUGUCGAUAGAGGAGCCCUCCACAGCCCUGCCACCGGCCGCGUCCUUCUCCCACCUUGACAUGCCGCCGCCAUAUGAGGCAGUCUCUGGAGAGGAUGAUCUGAAGCCCCCUCCCUACAGCGAGUGUGCUCACGGUGAUGAGGCCGGCGCUCCUCGUCCCUCCCAUCACACGCCUGUCAUUUCUGAGGGCGGCGACUCGACUUGCAUAAAUGAAGCCCCACCCCCUUACACACCAUCUCCCUCUACACAAGUCAGUCAUCAAGAAGGCCCUGUAAGCCACAGUGAGUCCCGCUCAGAGAGCAGGUCCACUUAAUCAGUCCCUGAUGCCAGUUUGCCUUUUCCAUGCACUGCCUUCCUACAUUCAACCUCAGUGAUCGUUGCCAGCCUAACUCUCAUCACGUGAGAGCAGAUGUUUUAUUUGGAGGUGUGUGUCUGCGUGUGCAUGCGUGCGUGCCUGUAUUCGUGUGUUUGUGGUUUUUAGAACCAAGAUGUUUUUUUCUACUUUGUAUUGUUUAAAAAUAGUGGUCAUCUGAUGAGUUUGGCAAUAACAGAUGACAUCAGCAAGCCUGUGUGCCUCAGUCAGGACCGCAGAACCCGCCUCCUAGCUAGGGUGAGGAUUAUACCCUUGACCUCUAAGAUCAAAGGGAAUGUGUGAGAUACAGAUAAGCAGAGAGAGACAGAGACUUAAAAGUGUGUUCUGUUAUUUCUUUAUAUAUGUUUGUGUAUAUAUAAAGUUUUCCUCCAUCUGUAUGCCUGAGGCCACUUCCUUUCACAGAUUAACUCAUUGUAAGAGCAUGUUUGGGGAAAUGAGCAGAUGCUUGACAGAUUUUUGUUCCUGUUACUGUGACAAAUAUGUGGGACAUUGCUUCAUCUUUUUGUGUCCGUCUAUAGAUAUUGUUAUGAACACAGUAACUCAGUAACAGUCAAUAAUGGGAAAUUCAUAGUGUCUAAUUAGAUUUUAGAGUAUCUUGCUUUGUCCAUGUGUACACUAGACAAAUUGUUUGAACUUGUUCAAACUGUUAUUACUCUCAAUGAAUCAAUGUUGCAAUUUGUUAUGUGGAGAGCUAUUUUAGAAAUGAAUGCACUAAUUGUCUUAAAUAAUGACCUCAUUAGCAUCACUGCUCUUGUUUAAUAUAUCACGGUGAUUAUACUGGGACAUCAGGCAAUUCAAGUUCCUAUCGCAUCUGUGAAUGGAAGUGAGUGAGGGCAAGCGGAAAAAGGGAAGAAGCUGUAAAUGAACACACCAUGGCAGUAAACAAGAGAUUGUUCUUUGUUGAUGGUCACCAUUACUGCUGAGUUCUGUCUGUUUCUGUUCCACAUUAGCACCUGAAUGCCAGGUUGCAAGGUUCUGCGCAAACAGUAUAAACAUUCAUUUCGUUAUGCCUGUGUCUUAUGGAGUUUGACAAACGUUCUUCAGAAACACGGAGAAUAUUUGUUGCUCAGUCCCUAGACUCAUACUCAUACUCAACUUCAGCCCAAAACUCAUUGCAACUCAACAAAAUUUUAAGUAGUUGAUAAUUAGAUUUGAUGUUGUGAAAUAUAAUGGUUAGCUGAGAGAUUGAAUGAAAAAUGUCACAAUACUGGAAAAAAAAAAAAAGAUACUGACACAUCUUGUGAGCUAAGGCUCAAAACAUGAAUGGAGCUGAAUCAUCAUCCUUGUCAUCUACAAAAAACUCAGUUAUAAUAAUUGAUGCAAAAUGAAGACUAACCAAAAAGUUGUUUUUUGCUGUUUUUUUUUUUUAAAACAACAGCUUCUGUUCCUUGUAAUCUUCAUGUUAAUCUGCCACAGGCCGGUGGAGGUCAGCCAACUCUGUGGAUUUCCUCAGAUGUAUUUUCUGUUAUAGUAUUGCUUUGGGGAAGGUUAUUACUGUGCUUUUUGCUUUUUGUGUCACUGCAUUUUAGAUAACUUGGAGAUAACACUCUAAGAUGAUACACAAGUAAUCCACCUCAUGUUUGUUUCAGCAAAAAUAUAACCUGUGUACAGUUUCUGAUAAAAAAAAAAAAAAAGAAAAGAAAAUGAAAUACAGAAAAGCAAUUAAUGCUGUAUAAAUGCAUUUUUUUUUGGCCUAUGAGAAAGUAGAAAAGGGGGUCUUCAUGUGUGGAGAAUCAUAAUUUAAAAUGUAAUGUGUUAUAAUGAUGAUCGUUUUUAUUGUGAUGACAAAUCGUGGGGCAUCCGUCAGUGAUGCCUCCCACAAAAUCUUUCCUGUGGUUUCACAAUCUGAAGGAUCCAACAGAGAAGCUGCAAGAUACAAAUACCAAUUAAGCCUUGAACUCGGUUGACACCACAAACAUAGCAGCAGCAUGAUGACGAUUGACUUGCCUAAACUAUAGUGUGACAGGCUUCUACAGUAAUGUAUGUCCUGUUUGUUCACUUCAUGUUCAUUCCCGUGGUGGGUGACAUAUCAGAUCUCUCCAGUGAGUAGCUUUGUGAGUGAAGGGGAAGUAACUUUUUUUUUUUGUCUGAUUUUGGGGGAAAUACGUCUUCUGUAUUAAACUGUUGUUCAUAA